CUGUGCCUGCACUGCUGGCUCUAUGAGGCUGCGUCUAGCAUCCUGCAGCUCAGCUUCUCCACACUGAGCUGCUGCUGCUGCGUGAACACACCGACAGGGGUGAGUCCUCUUCAGCUAAGCCGUACAAACCGACCGUUCAAGUUCUGGAGCUGUCCAUACGUACCUCAGCGGCACGGGCACCACCUUCAGCGCCUCAACCAGAGGGGAGACUUAAGGAAAAAAAAUACCACGAGGAGUACUGAAAUUGAGGUCGAUACACACGGCGCGAACGGCGGAGGUCUUUCACCGUCCAACCCCCACCGCAACAGCUGCUGACGUCACACCUUUUUUGUGUGCGCGCGGCUGCUUCGAAAAGAGGAGGAGCCUAUUUCCGAGUUGAUCCAACGGUCGGUUGGGACCGCGACCACCGCGAUUCAGGCUGUGUGGCACAACCUCCAUACUUCUCUGACCAUCCUGCAUGUCAAAAGUAGAGGUUACAGUCGCACCAGAUCCCUAACGGAUCCGGAAGAUUUUAAAGCUGAUAACAGAGAGAGGAGACGGAGCCGGCUGAAGAUAAUAGCAGUGGAUAGCGGCCAUCCGAUUCACCAUCAUUUGGUAAAUCCAUGACCAUCAAUCUGCUUGCCUGAAGAAAGCAAUGGAAGUUGUCGUGGCGGAGGAGAAAAAGAAGAUUUUCCGGGCCAGGAAAACGAUGAAAAUGAGCGAUCGUCUGCAACUGGAAAGCCUUCACAGCACUUUGCUGACGUCAGCUUCAAGUUUGUCUAGCCCAUCCCCACCACCCCUUAUGAACGGCACGCAUAAAGACGAUGGACAGAAAGCGGCCGAUAAAGAGCAAAACAACAUCUCAGGCUCAAACUCUCCCAAUGCAACAUCACCCGUUUCUCAAACCCCUGUGAGCUCUCCUGUGCCAUUCCUGUCCCUAAACUUGUCCCCGUCCCCUCCUGGCUCUCAAAGUCCAAAAGAUCAAGAAGUUACUUCUCCCAGAACUCCAGCUCAGUCUGCAUUCUUUGACUGUAAUAAGGCAGAGAAUGAAGACUCUUCCCCAGCACUAUUAGAUGAGUCUUCAUCGUCAACUCAGCCAAAAAAAGACACUACAGGGGCGCCAUUGGACGAAGAGGAGCAGGAAAAAAAGAGUACAACAGAGCAUCAAUCAGUGGAUACUUCCCCAAAUGAUUCAGCUUCAUCCUCGCAUGCUGCACCCGUGGAGUCUGAAUUCACACGUCCAAUUGAAGGAGAAAAUGACUCUUCGACAAAAACUAAUCCUGACCCCUUCGUUUCCAAAGUAAAAGAUGGAAAGCCUUAUUCUCCCAAAGCUUCCAGUUCUUCCACAAGCCUUUCCAAAUCUCAUUCUGAUGCGGAGAAAAAGAAAUCUGUGGACGUCAAAGAGGAGAGCAUCAAAGAUGAGAAGACAAAAAAAAUCCUCAUCAAGAGAGGGUUCAAAUGUGACGAAAAAAUGGAGGUGGACUUGGUAAAAGAGGAGGUCAAAAAAGAAAAAAGGGAAGUUGGACAAACUACAUCUCGACCAUCAUCCACUCCGCCUUCUCAUACAGGUCAAGAGAAGAGUUCAUCCUCGACACUGAAGCGCACCUUAUCAGAAGGAAGUGAAAUAGACGUACCGACUGUUAAAAGAGAGGGCAAAAGGCCCAAGGUGGAACAUGAAGAACUGGAGGCACAACUGGAACUGAAAAUUAGUGCCAAAGCUGGCAAUCACCAUAAGCUUGAAAAGAUUGUUCAGCAGCUUGUGGAAGAGCGGCUGAAGAUCAUGGAGUUGACUGUUUUCGACAAAAAUUUUCAAGAGCUAAAAGCCAGGGUAGAUAAAAUCGACUGUGCCAACAAACAUCAAACUGCGCUAAGCUCACUCCAAACAAAGAUUUCUCGACUUGCUAAAAAGUUUGGAGAGGCUAACCAAGCAUCUGAAAACAAAAGAAAGCAAGAAGCUCUUGCUGCAGCUGCAGCUGCUGUAGCAGCUCCCGUAGCUGCUCCCGUAGCUACCACUACAACUACUGCUGCCACUGCUCCCAAGACUACUACUGUUACAACUGUCCCUCAACCUCAGCGGCCAGUCCGGGCUACCGUCGAAGUAAAGCAGACUCCAACCGUUCCAUCGUCUAGCUCUGCUGUUGUUUCGGUCCAAGCGCCUUUAUCAGCCUCUGUCGCAGCCUCGACCACCUCCAGCACCUCCACUGCCAUGGUCCCACAGGGCUCCAUCCUGCAGCUCAUAACCUCCAGCGCCAAUAGCGUCUCCACGCUGGCCACAGGCAUCACUACUCAGAGUCAGCCCGGCACGCUGGUGCUGAAGACAGCCCCCGGGAGCAGCAUGGUGGCUGCGGGCCAGCCGCUGGUUAUCCAGCUGCCGCUAUCAAUGAAUGGCCAGACGGGGACGCUGGUCAACUUCCCAGUUUCUUCAUUGUCUGCAGCCACCUCAUUAACCAAGGCUAAAACCACUCCCUCUACCACCACCUUUAUUCUCAAGCCCUCUCCUGCAACUAACCCAGUAUCGGUCUCCAGUUCCGUGGCCACCACUCUCCCAACAAUUCAGGCCUCUGCGGGUCAAGUGUCCUCCACCCAGAUCUCUCUGGCCCGCGCAGUGUACCAAGGCGGUGCAGGUGGAAUAACUACUCCCAAUGCAGGGGUGUCAGUGACCACGGCAAGAACACCGGCUCAGUCUGUUUCUGUGGUUGGAGCUUUGUCUUCUGCAUCUUCGCCUGCAACCUCUGUACCGGCGGCGACCGGUUCUACAGCUCCAGGACCCCCUCAAGGGACAUCUCUGACUUCCAAAACAGACAACCAGACCACCGUAACCACUCCAGCCAAAGUAGUUGUCCCAAUAGCACGACCCAAAGGCUCUGUCAUCGACCUUACCGAGGAUGAUGACGAUGUUCAAGUGACAGGAGUGAAGAAUGCAACAGUUGCACCUCCUUCUCCUGCGCUGCGUUCCAACGCAGUUACCAGCAUUUCCACCGGCGCUGCAGCCAGGAUGUCCCCAAAAACCAACCAAAACCCCUCAAAUCCUCAGAUAACGGUUCAUCAUCGCCCCCCACAGGAUGCUGCCUCCAAGCCCCGCCCCACAACCUCUACACCAACACGGGGUCCCGGUCCAGCACUCCCCUCUCUCCCCGUCGCCCCUGCGCCACCACGCUUACCCCCCGAGGCUGAACGCACCUCGCCUCCUCAACAGCUGCAGUUGAAGCUGGUGCCGGGUCAAACCGGCAUCGUGCUGUCCUGGAGUGUUGCAGAGGUGGACAGAAGCUGUGCUGCUGUAGAGAGCUAUCACCUGUAUGCCUUCCAUCAAGACAACUCCAACUCUGGCGCCGCUCAGCAGCACUGGAAGAAGAUAGGGGAGGUGAACGCGCUGCCUCUUCCUAUGGCCUGCACGCUGACACAGUUCCAGUCUGGCUCCACAUACUAUUUUGCUGUUCGAGCCAAAGACAUUUACGGACGCUUCGGUACCUUCUGUGAACCACAGUGCACAAAUGUAAUCACUUCCACUUCUACUUAAAACCUUAAGGAAAAAAAAAAACAAACUUUUUUUUUUUUUUUUUUUUUGCCUUUGAAUGGUUAUGGCAACUUUUUUUUUCAUUUUUUAAAUCUUUUUCUGUUAGGAAUUCAAUGCUGAACACAUGCAGUAUCUGUAAAUAAACCAACAUACGUUACUUGGACUACUGACUGACUCAAAGGAUUGCAGAAACAAAUCUUCAUUUUCGCAGGCUUUUUGUAUGUGAUGUAUUAUUUUGUGACUCAAAUAUGUAAAUAUCUGAUUGAUCUUACCCCUCUGCAAUGUCAGAUAUUUAUGUUGCCUCCUGCUAUUCCACCCCCACCCCCCUCCAUUUUUGUAUUUUAAUUUUAUUUCUUAAAGGUUAGGCUGCAAGAUUCUUCAAUUGCACAAAAAUGUAUACUUGCGUGGUAGAAAUGGAAUAAUAACUUUUGUAAGUUGUCUGGAAAUGAGACUUUGACAAAAACAAUAAAAAAAAAACUUUAUUACAUAUUUGGCUAAAUUGAAGUGUCAAUAAACCGUUUUUACCAUGUCGGCAUGCUGUGAGACAGUACUUUACCUUACCUAAGCUAGUUCAGAAUGUGUAUUGUUGUUGUUUUUCUGUCAAUUAAAAUGGUGUAACAACCUGAACCCCACUUACUGCUGGUGUACUGGCUAGUGCUGGUUCAUGGCAGCUCUGGUAAAAAGAACAGGAGUUGAGGAAGCUAGCACCCAUUGAUGGAGAAAAGUAGCCCCCGUUUUUGGACAUCUCAAUAAAGAGAAAUAAUAGGAAUGCAAUUAAAGAUGUGCAUGAAAUAAGUCCAUAAUCCUUGUCAGUUAGGAUCUGGACUGGUGGCCUCUUGCAUACUUGGGAAGAGGUUGAACCAAAGAGUCCAGAUGUGGAUGGUGGUUAGAGGUCAGGCAAUGCCAAAGCAUUGCUCUAUGUGAAGAACUGGCUGGAGGAGGGCCAUACCUUCUAGAAUGCAGAGAGAUGACCGUUCAUGAAUUUUAAAUAAAAAAAAAAA